CAAUUUUAACCAAAAUUAUUUAACUUUUUGUAAUAAUUCAUCAAAUUUUCAUCCAAAUUUCCAUCAAUUUUCAAACCUUUUUGUCCAAAUUUCAAUAAAAUCUCAGAAUUAUGUUCUUGCACCAACUUUCCAUAAAUUUUGUCAUUUAACCAUUUUGAAAAUAAUUCACAAUUUAAAAUGCCCAUUUCAAAAAGCUCAAAUGCGAAUAAAAUUGAAGUUUUGUAUUUUAAUGAAAUUGGCUUCAAAAUGUUGUCGAUUGGAAAUUUUUCGAGUGAAUUUUUUCGAUUUUCCAUAAAAUCAACGAUUAAAACUGCAAAGCUGUCUCCCAAGACUUCCAAAAAGUCUUCAAAAAUUUGAACAAUUUCAUUAAAUUUUCCUGGAUUUUCCAUCAAUUCAGUCCACAUUUUCUCAACAACUCCACUGAAUUCCACUUGAUUACAUCGAAAAAACAAAGAUUUUUGUGUGAAAUUUUUCAAAAAUGUCCAUUUGUCAACAGAAAUUGGAUACAACAUCUCAACCCCAAAUGGCAAUUUUGACCAAAAUGUCUUUACAUCUUGUAAUAUAUAAUUAAAGUCAUUGCUUUUGUGUCUAAUGAUAAUAAAUGACUCAACCAAUAUCAUCAACCUUACAACAACAUCCAAACUUUUAUCAAUAAUUAGAGGAUUUUGAAACAUUUUUGUGACGCAGUGAAAUAUAAAGUUUGAAGAUAUUAAAUCAUGAAAGUGUAAGUCACAAACAAUUUCGUAAGUUCUCCUCUUUUUAUACAAAAAGUAGUCAAAGUAAGGAUCACGAUCAACAUCAACUGUGGUGUCAAUUAAGUUUUUGAGUAGUAAAUUUUGAAGACAAGUCAUGAAGAAGUUGAUUAGUUUAGAUGAAAUUGAUUUUGAGGUUAUAUUGUCAGACUUUGAGGUUAAGUCACCAGAUUUUGAGGUUAAGUCAUCAGAUUUUGAGAUUAUGACAACAGAUUUUGAGGUUAUGUCACCAGAUUUUGAGGUUAUGUCACCAAAUUUUGAGGUUAUGUCACCAGAUUUUAAGGUUAAGUCACCCGAUUUUGAGGUUAUGUCAACAGAUUUUGAGGUUAUGUCACCAUAUUUUGAGGUUAUGUCGUUUGAUUUAAAGGAACGAUCAUUAACUUUCAAUUUGACUUCAUCAUUUUUCAGAUUUAAAGCAGGACUUGAAGAUUUAUCACUUUUUGCGACCAUAUCAUCAAAUUUAAAAGUUAUGGUUCGCGAAUUUACAGUUUUUGAUUUUGUUUUUUGAUCAUCUGUGUUUGAGGUUAUGUUGUCAUUAUUUCGGGGUAUGUCUGGAACCGUCUGCAAAUUCUUAGUUUUUGAGGUUAUGUUGUCCAAACUUGAACUUUUUCCAUCUGAUUUGUCAUUUUGAAUGGCAUUUGUGUUUGAAAUUGUAAAAUACUUUGUGAUUCUUACAAUUGAUUUUGAAUAUCUAUCAUAAAUCUUUGCCAUUUUUUCAUCAGGAAUCAGAGAAUCAGCACCAUAAGUUUGAUCAAACAACUUCCAAGCUUUGACAAGCUUAAUCAGAACCCAUUGCAUGCAUUUAGUUUGGUCUAAUCUUGUGUACAGUUCGAAGAAUAUUUCAGCAUAUUUAUUAAUUUCAUCAAAAUUUGGGUGAGUUUUUAACAAAUUAAUUUUAAUGAUGGCAACUGCGAUAAAUUCCUUGAUUUUGAUUGAAUUGUCCUUGUUAAUUUCAAGACUUUUGCAAUCUUCACACAAAUCUUUAAGAAUUUUUUCAAAUUUUUGUGGAUUUGUGAUUGAAUCAUCGAACAAAAAGUAGUCAGAAGUGAAAUUUAGGGGUCGGACUACAUCAUCUUGGUGUGUUUGGAUGAAACUUUCAUUGCUUCCCGGUUGGAUUUUUGAGAAUUUUGCUUGAACUUGAAGUAUAGAUGCAUUUGUACUACUUGAGUCCUUUGGAACUUCACAUCGCUUAGAUAUUAUUUUCUUACUUUCUGGCAAUGGACUUGGAAUUUCAGGAUUAAUGUUAAUGCUUUUGAAAAAUUCAAGCAUUUUUGUAGUUCUUUUUGUGAUUUCUAGAUCUUCAUUCUUAAUGCUCAAGGCUUCAUCCAAAUUUUUAACACAAAAAUCAGCAAAAGCGAUUCGUUCUUUACAAUCAAUGCUUAAUAUGUCUUCCAAUCCUUCAACGACUCCCAAAAACAAUUCAAGUCCAAUUUUUUUACUAUCUUUAAUGUUGAUGAGCAUGCAAAACAGGAUAUCGUAGACCAGAUACUUCUUCACAAAUGAAAUAACAGCUCUGGAUGUCAGAACUUGCUGGGACAAUUGACAUUUUCUUUUUUUCCUUUUAACUUCUUGCCUAAUACAAAAACUGGUAAACUCAUCUUUCAAAUCUUUACAAACGUCGGUCAACAACUUUUCGUGAUGAUUCUGAAGUUCUUUUGAAAGAAGCUCAGCAAGUUCAUUUAUUUGUGGUUUUAAGUCUGGAUUCUCAAGUUUCCAGCUAUAAAAUGCAAUUGCACAUUUUCUUAAUUGUGAUGCAUUUGUUGUGAUUAUUGGCAGAAUUUCUUCAUAUAAUUUGUGUACAUCUGAGUCUGUUGAUUGAAUUGGUUGCAACUUAUGCUGUCUUUCUGAUUUUAAAGCUAGUUUCUUAUUCUCAGUUGUUAAGAUUGUUUGUUGAAUUAGUUCUCUUAAGUCUGAAUUGGUUUUAGCAGCAUUUGAUGAAUCAUUGGAGGCUUGUUCUAUAGGUUUUGAUUGUCCAUCAUAGCUUCCUCCUGGUUUGAGUAAAAAGCUUAUUUCAAACCAUGAAGAUUGUUCUUCUUUAUCAAGAAUUUCUGACGUUUGUUUUUUUAUUUCUGCGUCUUUUGUCAGUGCACGCAUUAAUAUUUCUUGAUUGCUUUCAACAUUUUUAUUGAGAGAUGCAGCAUUAGCAUGUCGGCUUCCUGUUAUAUCCAUAACCUUUGUUAUAGUUGUCGGUAAUUUUCCUGCGUUUUCUUUUGAAGUUCCAACUUGCAUAGAGACAUUGUUUGGCAAGUUAACUUGAACAUUUUUUACUUUUUGACUAUUUCCCUUCGGGUUUUCAGCUGCUUCCAUUCCAUUUUCUAUUGUCUUUAUUAAGAUCUUUAUCUUUUCUAUCAACUUUUCAUCUUGUUCCACAGCUAGCUUGUUUUUAAAAAGCACCAUAAUUUGUCUAAUAAGUUUCUUGUGAUCCUUAAUAUUGCACAACAUAUCAAUCUUCUCAGUCAUCAACAGCACUAAAAGUUUAAGUGCAUUUGGAUAAUUUUGCUUGAUGAAUUCAGCAAGUUGUUGCCAUAAUUGAUACCAAAAUGGAUUUUGGAUGUUUGGCUCAAAUGCAACUGUAAACUUUGUCAAGUUCAUCAUUUUUUGUUCCUGAUUUUCACAAUCAAUGCAAAGAUUCAGGAACUUGCUGCUUAUUUCUGCUGUUAUUUGAACUAAACUCUUCUUAAAGCUGAUUUUCUUCGACAGAAGAUUGAACAAGUCAAUGACUGGAUUGAUGUGUUUCUGGUCAGAAAUUCCUUGUUGCAGUAAAACUUCCAAGAAUCUUUGCUUUGAAAAGUUUUUAAACAAUAAUCGAGAAACUUUGGAAGCGAUUAGUUCAACAUUUGAUGUCUGCAGCUGACUUAUGUAAAACAUGACUUUAUCAUCUGCUGAGGAAUUAACUGGCGGCUCAGCUACAAUACUUGAAUUAGUUCUAGCAACUUGACUUGAUGGUCCACUUGACUGACCACUUUGACUCGAAUUUACAGCUAAUUGACCGUACCUUUUGGAAGUUUGGCUCAGUUCCUUUGACUUUUCAAUGUUAAUCAUGACUUUUGAAUCUAUUUUGAAGUUAACUGGUGAGUAAGUCAGGACAUUUAAGUUAGAUGUUCUAGCUAUUUGAUUAUAAAGUGCUUCUGAGUUAACACUUUGACUUGAUUUUGAAACAGAAGACAUGACAGAUUUUUGGGAACUUUCGCUAAUGGUUCUUGUUGUUUUAACAUCUUUGCUUGCUAUUUGCUGAUUUUGGAAAAACUGUCUUGCAAGCCUUUUAUAAGAUUUAUUGAUGGACUUUAACUUUCUUUGUAAAGUUUUAAAAUUGAUUUUUACACUUUUGAAAUAUUCAAGAAUUUUUGUAGUUCUUUGCUUAAUUUUUUUAUCUUGUCUCUUAGGUUUUAGAGAAAUUUCCAAAACCUUAACACAAACUACAGCAAAAAUGUAUCGUUCCUUACAAUCAACGCUAAGUACAUUAUCAAUUUCAUCAAUUAUGUCCAAAAACAAAACAAGUGCAUCCCUGUUUCGAUGUCCAAUGUAUUUCAACAAGCAAUGCAGGAUGUCGUAGAAUUGACUCAUCUCCAAGAAUGGAAUUACAGCUCUGAAUGACAAUAUGAAGAAACUUCUCUGUUGUCCUUUGAUUUGGCCUCUAUGAAGGAUAUCGCACUCGUCAGUAAGAUGUUUACAAAUAUCCUGCAAUAAUUGUUUGUGAUGACUUUUCAGUUCCUUUGACAAUAGACCAAUUAGUUCUUUUCGUUGUGAUUUCGGUUCUGAACCAUAAAUUUUCCAAUUGUGCAUCAUAAUUGCAUAUUUCAUAAAUUGUGAUUUAUUUUUUGAAAUCAUUGGCAGAAUUGUGUUGUAAAGUUUAAGCAGUUCUGGAUUGAUCUGCUUUAUUGACUGCAUUUGUGGUAAUAUUGGCAAAUAUUCAUAUUUCUUUGCUGAUUUUAGAGGACAUUUGUUUUUGAUUACCGAAAAAGGUUUUUUAAUCAGCUCGUUUAAAUUUAUUCGAAUAGCAAUGGAACUUUGUAUUUUGGGAAUCGGUUCCGUGAUUAUUUUGAAUGGUUUUCUCGAGAAUAGCUGCUCAUACAAGAGCAAGUUCUUCCAGCUGUAUUCAAGAUGAACUUUUUUAAGCAAAUGACUGAUUUCCAGACUUGUUGAUUGUGUUUGUUGGUCGUUUAAAGUCAAAGCAUAUGUUUUUGAUUCCAGUCUAUUAUGGUUGAAUUUUCUGCUGGUUACGGAAUUUCUCAACAGUUUUCUUUUCAUUUUGAUGAUUUUUUGCCUAAGUUUUUCAGCAUUUGAUGAGGUUUUUGACUUCAAGAGAAGAUUUUUCAAAUAUAUUAAUAGAUUUUUAGUUCUUUUUUGUGUACUUUUGACAAUUGCAUAUAACUUUGAGGUGAUUUGAUCAUCUAAGAUUGAAAUAGUUGAUGAUUUUGUGUUGUCUUUGGUCAACGUUUGAUGAGUUUUUGAUGAAAUUUGUUUUGAAUUUCCAAGGUUAAUUGGAAUUUGGGUUUUGUUCGUUGAUUUGACACGAUUUUUACCUUUUUUCUGUUUGCUAAUUGUUUGAGUCACUUCCUCGCUCUUGACAUUCUUGUUCUCUAACAUGUUUUGUAUUUUUUUAAUAUAUUUUUGCAUUUUGUUAUCUUUUUCAAGUUUAUUAUCUGCAAUUAGUUGAAUAUCGGCAAACAAUCUGUCCAGCAUUUCCUUAUAAUUGCCCAAAUUAUUCAUUUUUUGAAUUGCCUGAAGGAAUGAAAUCAUUUCCGAGUCUGUCAAGACAUUUUCAUUAAUAAUAUGAAACAAUAGCUCAACUGUUGCUGUGACUUUGUUGGAUUCACAAAAAUCAGGUGAAAUUGUGUUCAGGAACAACUUUAAGAACAUAAUGUAGCUUAAACUUUGAAUGAAUUCAGCACCACGUGGUCCAGUUUUGAGGACUUUAAUAGCAUCGGUAAAAUCAGCUACAAGAUGUUGAUUAGAAAUGACAUUGUUGUAGAAAUUUUGAGCAACAUCUUUAAUAUCUAAAUUUUUUGGAUCAUUUACAGGAAUGCUUACUGGCAAGCUUUCAACACUAUAUCCAUUCCUGAUGAUAUAAAGCAGACUUUGAGUUGCAAAGUUAACUUUCUUCAGUACAACAUUAUGAAUUAUUUGAGCAAUUUUUGCCUCAAUUCUGGUUGCAGCUUCUAUUUUUGAGAAUCUUAUAGUAUUGUGGAUACGCUGACGGAUGUAAUGUGUUUCCUUGGAUUUAAUUAUUUUAAUAUUUGUCGAUAUAACUUUAAGGACAUCAACAUAAACCUCCAUAACCUCAAAAGACAUUCGUGGAUGCAAAGUUUCAACUUUUUCUAACCAAAUUUUAAGAUUUGCCUUGUCAAACACUUUUAAGCUUGUCAAUUCAGCUGUUAUCAUUCCAAUUGAUCGGAUUUUUUGUAGAUUAUUUUUUGACAUUUUAAAAAUUUUCUUUUUUAAAUUUAUUUGCAAUCUAUUCAAGAAAUUUACAAUUUGUAGAGCAAAGUUGUGGAUAGAUUUAAUGAAUUUAGCAAGUUCGAUGACAUUUGUGUCUUGUUUUUGUAAAGUUUUGACAAUCAAGUUGACUAAUUCUUUGUUGUUUAUGUUUAAUAUCGCCGAGAUCUUAAAGCUGAAACGUACAUUCUCAUUUUUAGUGAUUCCUUCUACAAUUUCUUCUAAGUUGUUUGAAUUAAUUGCUGAUUCUGUUGGCUUGAACAGCCUUGAUCGAAAAAUUUGAUUGUCAUUUUCGUAAUUUUCAUACAUUUUAAAGAUUUCAUCCUCAAUUAUUAGACGAUCGUCUUUGAUUGAUUUCAUAAAAUUGUUAAAAUUAUAUUUAUUUGUGAUUUUGUAAAAGUAUCCGCAAAGCUUUAAAGUUGAUGCAAUCGUAGCUUUAUCUUUAUUAUUAUUUACAUAAUUCAAGAAGCUUGUCAUAAAUUCUGGAUUAAUUAUUUUCUUUUCAGACACGUAAAGUUCACCAAGAAAACUGCCUAAAACUUUAAUUUUUAUUAAAUCAUCUUCAGUUCCUUGCUUUGCAUCUUUAAACUCUGUUUCAAUUCUCUUUACUAAGUCUUGGAUGAAUUUUUUGAUUAUUUUGAUUAUUUUUUUCCAUUUCGACGCAAUCGAACCAAGAAUUUUGAUCUCUUUUGGAUUCUCAAUCACAUGAUCAAUAAAUUUUCUUGAGAAAUAUUCAACUUCAUUGUUUGUUGCGUCACUGAAGAAGCCACAACAGUCAUUGAUGUCUUUGGACGUAAAUUUGAGGUAUUUGUCAAAUGCUUUACAUUUUCGGGAAUUUGCAAUUUCAUUUAAAUAUUCUGAUUCAUUUAUUUGAAAUGGUUUUUUAAUUUGAAUGAAUCGUUCUUGCUCAAGUCGAAGUGCGCUUUUUAUUUUUGGUUUUGGUUUGACUUCAUUCCUACCCAUUAUCAAGGUGUUAUCUGACAUUUGAAAAAAU